GCUUUCUCUCUUUUUUUUUGACGUGCCAUACCAGUAACUAAAUUCAUUUGGGUCCUCUCUUUUUAGCCAAAGUCAGAAAGAAAGAAAGAAAGGAAGGCCAAUUGUUCAUUUCAUAUCUCAGGAUCUGGGGGGGUACUCGUUUAGCACUUUUGAGUUUUCUGAGACACAUUGGAUCUCUUCACCACUGGAGGUGUGCCUUGCUUGAAUAUAAGUUCAAAGCUAGCGAAAUCCAUGGCAUUCGAGAUGUCACCUCGUAGGAACUUCAGAUCCAAAGGUUUCAAGGUAAAGCAUGCUUUGCAGAUACUUGCGCUGAUUGGCAUUUGCGUAUGGCUUGUUUACCCAGUCCAGCACUCAUCUGAAGAAAUUAUAAAGUUAGGAAGGAAAGACCUCGAUACUCGAGUGGAGAAAACAACGAUUGAGGAUCCGAAGCAAAAGGGGGACGAACAACAAGAAAGUCAGCAGGUCCUUGAAGACAUCAAGCCUGAAGAGGGUGAGGGUGAAGGAAAACAAGGGGGAGAUGAUGCGAUGCUCGAUCACUCUCAAGAGAAAUUCGGUGUGGAAGGUGGGGAUGGGAGUAAACUUCCGGGUAGGGAAAAUGAGACAGAAGAGACCAACCAGAAUGAAGGGAAAACAGAGGAGAGCGAAGAAAAUGCCAAGAUGGAAAGCAAAGAGGAGGGUGGCGACGAUGUCCAGAAAGAAAGUGAUGAGAAUAAAAAUGACGGAGGUGAAGUGAAGGAAAGAGAAGAGAACGAACAGAAGCAAAGCGGAGAAAAUGAAGGUGGACAGGAGGAAAUCAAAGCGGAAGAGAGAGAACAGCAAAAGGAAACACAAGUUGGAGGGGAGAGUGAACUAAACAAGGAGAGCGGAGGUGUGGGGGAGAACGAAGAAAAAGAACUAGACGAAGAGAAACGAGAGAGCAAAGAGGAUGCUGGUGAAGUGACGAAAGAGCAGAGAGAAGUGGAUAGUUCCAACCCCACAACUGCGGAAAUGAUGGAAUCUAAUGGAAACGAGCAGAAGAACAAUGGCUCUACAUCUUAUGUGGCUCAAAACCAAAAUGAACCAGAGGAAAAUCCAGUUUCUAAAGAUGACAACUCGCAGAGUGGUCUGAAAGAGGAACAUGAACAAAAGGAAACAGUUUCCAACGAGAAAAUAUCUAAUCCCUAUUCGACUCUUUCCACAACUGAAAAUGCGGGCGAAAACUUAUACGCAGAUUCAAAUGUAGUACCCUCAAACUCUUUAAAUAACAUUGACUCUGCGAUUUCAGACAAGCAGAAUGAUAGCAAUAACACAGCUGCAAGGGCAAAGAAUGAUUUUGUAUCUUUAAUCUCAAAUGAGAAUGAAAAUGUAGUUCAGAACAUGGAGUCUAAUACUAACCAUGGAGCGGAAGCUGAAGCUGAAGGAAAGGAUGCAACCUCCAAAGAAAGUGAAAAUGCAUAUGGUAAUCAGAGUGCUAAUCCUGGGACGGAAGCCGGAGAAAAGGAUACAACCUCCAACAGAAGCGAAAAUGCAUAUGGGAACCAGGGUGAAUCUAAUGCUAAUCCUGGGACGGACGCCGGAGAAAAGAAUACAACCUCCUACGGAAGUGAAAAUGCAUCUGGGAACCAGGGUGAGUCUAAUGCUAAUCCUGUGACGGAAGCCGAAGAAAAGGAUACAACCUCAAACAGACGUGAAAAUGCAUAUGCGAACCAAGGUGAGUCUAAUUCUAAUCCUGGGACAGAAGCAGGAGAAAAGGAUACAACUACCAACGGAACUGAAAAUGCAGAUGGGAACCAAAGUGAGUCUAAUACUAAUCCUGGGGCGGAAGCUGUAGAAAAGGAUACAUCCUCCAACAUAAGUGAAAAUGCAGAUGGGAACCAAAGUGAGUCAGCUGAUAGUUCUUCUCACUCUUCAGAGCCCCAAGAUGAGAAAGAGGCUUCUUUAAAAGAGAAUGAAGACGCUAACAGCACUACGCGUGAUCCAGUUGAUUCCUCUGAUUCUUCAAUCCGGCAUGAAGAGACAGAUGCUCGCACGGAUCCGGGAAGUUUAGCGGGAGACAAAAGGGAAGGGAACAACAACAACAAUGAUGCUGCAGCCGCUGAGUGAUGCCUCGUAGCAACUGCUAAAAUAAUUUGAGAUGGUCCUUUCCUUUGAUUAAUAAUAUAAGUGUCAUGUGUGUGACCUUUGUUGCUCUCUGCUACGUGGCCCUAUGUUGUAACCUUUGUGGCUCUACGUUGCUUUCUGCAUGAAUCUUGACAGACAGUUUAAGUUGGGAAGCAUUGUAUACGAAUAUAAUUCUCAAUUCUGAAUAAAGAAAUACUAUCACAUCCUUCUGGAUGAGUUUUCUCA